UCGAGUGUCCUCCGCCCAAUGUCCCAUUAAUUCAGGAGGCGUCUUCUUCUUCUUCUUCUUCUUCUUCAUCCUUCCAUUUGCACUGGAUUGGAGGCAUGAAUAGGGCAGCGAGACCGACGCUGUUGAACUCAGAGGCCAACUCUUUCAGCCUCAGGGUGGCUCUCUUUCAUUCCACUCCUUUCUUGGAUCGCAGAAGGCGCACCCACUGGGAUUCUGGUGAAGGUGGAUAUAGAGAUUCAUCCAGGAGUUAUAAUCAGUACUCAAAAAGGUUGAGAAGAUUCCGUGCAAAACAAACAUUAUUGCGCAAUGUCAGUUCUUUUGCAGAACUCAUGUUUCAGAGUUGGAAAAAUGGCUUUGAUGAACAUGACCGAUCUUCAAGUCAAGGCAGCUCAUGGUUUAGAUGUGAAUUUGGGCCUAAGGGUUCAAAAGGGGGAUGGACUGGCGUAAACGGAUCCAAUUCUACUGGUAGAAGAGCUCCCCGCUUCUGUGAAGAUGACGAUGACACAGAGACCAUUUUUCGAUCUGGAUUUGGUGGGAACAGAUACUUCUAUUGGUCCUUUAUUGAUGAAGAAGAAGAAUUCCCCCGGUGGAGGAACUCAUCAGGCUACUCCAAUAACCACAGAAACUCCUGGAACUGGAGAUAUCAAGAUGAAGAGGAUUAUGACUCCUCCACAGAGUCUGACAGUUCUGGGCCAGAUACAGUGUCAGAUCGGCUGGCCCUAGGAUUGCGUGCUUCUGGUCCUUUAAAGAUGGAAGAUGUUAAGAAUGCAUAUCGGGCAUGUGCGAUGAAAUGGCAUCCAGAUCGUCACCAUGGCUCAUCCAAGAUUAACAGCUUGCUGUCUGCAUCGACAGGCUGUUGCCGAGGAAAAAUUUAAGGAAUGCAGCGCAGCAUAUCAAUCGUUAUGCGAUAAGCUGGCUCCGAAUUGAAGAUACUGCUCGGCAUAGUGAUCUGAAUCGUAAAUCCGGUCAUCUUAGUUCCUCCAGAGGGUUAAAUUAUGUGCUGAUCAAUCUAGUUUAGGGAAAUAAUGCAGAGUUUGCACAUUUCAUUCGGCUGCCAUGCUAAGAUGGCAAUUAUAUGUAACUCUGAGCUUGCAAGAUGCAGCUCUUCUCUUAGAUAAGCAUUUACCAAUUAUACGAAAACUGGACCGGGCCGAACCGACCUAGUGUAGUCGAGCAAAUUGGUAACCGGUCCAGAAACCAGUUCGGUUCGAACCAGAAGACAGGAUCUUCUUUUAGGCAGGUAUUUACAAUUCUUGAGGAUGUACAAGUGUGAUAGUUAUUUGUUGGCUAUGCCAUUGUUUGAUCCCACAUACAUUGUUACUUUUUUACAAGGAGGCACCUGAUUUCUCU